AUGACAGCGGAUUCAGCAGAUCCAAGAUCCUUCACCAUCUCCUUGGGCCGUUUGGGGCCUCGUUGGCGCCUAGCAUUGGACUGCCUCGAGGAGUUCUGCGCGGCAGCUGGACAGAGCAAUGUCAUUACCUCCAAUGCGCUUAUUGCAGCCUCUGAGAAAGCCAAGCGCUGGAAGCUGGCGACACUACUGCUGGCACAAAUGGAGGAGCAGCUGGAAAGCAAUGUGGUCUCCUACAGUUCAGUCGUCAGUGCUUGUGCCAAGGCUUUUUCGUGGCCAUCGGCCUCCUGUGCUUUGGGUGCAAUGGCUCAACUCAGCGUAGAGUCCAAUGUCUUCACCUUCAAUAGCGCCAUCACAGCAUUUGCACGGCAGGGAGCUUGGGCAGCUACAGCAUCACUUUUGGAUUGGAUGCAGAGUCGAGCCAUGCAAUCCGACAUUAUCACCUACAAUGCAGCCAUCAAUGGGUGCGAGGAGUACGGAUGCUGGUCUUCUUCAGCUGCUUUUUUGGAGGAGCUUCGAGCCCAGGCCUUGGAGAGCGGUCUUUUCACGGAGAAUUCGGCGACCAGCGUCUUGGAGAAGGCAGUGCAGUGGCAGGCUGCCUUGAGGAUGCUUCGUGAGCGGUACACGGUGGAUGUGAUGAGUUACAGCUCUAGCUGCUCUGCAUUGGCAAACGGUUUCCAAUGGCUUUGGGCCUUGAAACUGUCCGAAGAACUGCAGGAACAUGCAUUGCAAUGCGAUGUGAUCUGCUGCAACGCUGUGAUCACUGCCUGUGAGAAGGGAGGUCAGUGGCUACAGGCAUUGUCUGUCCUCACUCACUUAGAGGAGUUGGACUUACAAGCAACAUUGAUCUCCUUCAAUGCAGCCAUCUCUGCCUGUGAGAAGCGCAAGCGGCUCCUAGCUGCGCGUGGGCUUCUCCAAGCUUUGCAGGCACGCCAUUUGGUCCCUGACGUGGUGAGUUAUAGUGCUCUCAUCAGUGCCUGCGAAAAGGCAGGUCAGUGGCAAGAAGCGCUGGAUGUGUUUGAAGAAAUGAGACGGCGUUUGAUCCGCCCAAACGCCAUCUCCUUCUCUGCAACCAUCAGCGCGUGUGAAGCACGGGGUGCAUGGCUUCAGGCCGUGCAUCUUUUGGAGGAGUUCUUAGGAGCAUUCCCUCCAAGUGUCAUUGCCUUCAGUGCAGCGAUCAGUGCUUGUGAGAAAGGGCAGCAAUGGGAGAAGGCACUCGUCCUACUGAAGCAGAUGACGCAGAAGGAGUUGCAGGCCAGCAUCGUCGCCUUUAACGCAGCAAUCAGUGCAUGUGAAAAAGGUCAGAAGUGGCAACAUGCAUUUGAGCUGAUGGCAGAGCUGUGUACCCUCCGCCUGCAUGGUACCACAGUGACGUACACCGCGUUGCUGAGUGCCUGCUAUGCUUCGCAACAGUGGCAGCACGGGUUGUUAGUCUUUGAGACUUUUGAGGAACAGCACGUGCGAGGUGUGGAAGAACCAAGCAUUGGCAAGAAGCCCUUGUGUGAGAACUGGAUCAAUGCUCUGACGCUUCUUCGAGAGCUGCAAGCCAAAGAUGUGAUCAGCUGGAAUGUCUCGUUGAGUGCUUGCGAAAAGUGCUGCCAAUGGCGAAAAGCCUUGAUGCUCUUCGAUGCGAUGCGUGGAGGACGCAAAAGCUUCAUCACCUACAAUGCCUGCAUCAGUGCUUGUUCUAAUGGCAACCAGUGGCAGGAGUCGUUCCAAGUUCUCUCGGAGCUCUUUGGGUGCAGCCUCCAGGGAACGGUCGUCUCCUUCAAUGCUGUUGGCUCUUCUCUGCGUCGCUGGCGUGUCAGCCUCGCCUUGCUGGCGGCUUUGGACCGUCUCUGCUUGCAGUCCACGGGUGUGACGCGGAACACGGCGCUGAGCACUGCAGAGAAGAGUAGGUGCUGGCAGCCAGUCUUGGCCCUUUUGGAUGAAGGCCGAAGAGAACACAUCCAAGCGGAUGCGAUCACUUUCAAUGCCUGCAUCAGCGCUUGCGAAAAGGGCAAACAGUGGACAUCUGCCCUCCAGCUGCUUCAUUCAAGACACUUAGAAGGAGGCCGGCCGAAUGCAAUCACCUACAACGCUGCAGCGAGCGCAGCAGAGAAAGCCCAGGAGUGGGUGCCUGCUCUUUUCUUGUUGCAGGAACUGAAGCUGCUCCGCUGGGCUGAUGUGAUCAGUUACAACGCAGGGAUCAGUGCGGUUGAACAGCUUGGCCUUUGGCGCCUCAUCACAGCUUCCCUGUCUGAGUUGAAGAGCAAGAAGCUGCAAGGCAGCGUGAUAACCUACAGCGCUUGCAUCAGCGUUUGUGAGAAAGCUCAGCAAUGGCAGCCUGCCAUGGCCCUGCUCCGAGAGCUACAAGACAUGGAGUUGAAGAGCAAUAUCAUUGCCUACAAUGCUGCUAUGAGUGCGUGUGAAGCUAUGAGUCUAUGGCAUCACGUUUUGUAUCUCUUCCAGGAGCUUGAAGAGGCUGGCCUGCCAGCAACAGCAAUCACCUACAGCUGUGCCGUGAAUGCUAUGGAGCAGUAUAUGGAUGCUGCAGAUGCGCCUGAUGCGCUGGUGAAGCUGCAAACGGCAGGACUUCGCCGCACCAGACAGAUGAGAGAAAGUGGAGCUGACAAGUGA